AUUACCAUAGCACCGUUUACAAAUGGCGUUCACCUGUAACUGAUUUUGAACAUUUAUACACACGUAAGACAGACAAUUAUUUCAUCGGAAUGACAGGUUUGAUUAUAAAUAUAAUGCUAUUUCGUGAGUAAAACAACACCUUGUUUUAUCAUUACUACACUUAAAAUUAUUUGAUCAACAUCGCUGCUACGCGUCUGAGUAUAGACCGCACGUCGUAACGUGAAAGUAGUGGAACGAUUUCAUAAUUUAGUCGAGAGACUGUGAAUGUAAUGUUAUUUAUUUGAUUAACAAGACAUUGACAUAUUUUUGUUAAGAAAUAAGGGUAAAUUUUAAGGACGAAUGCCACUAUUUUAUCGAAUUUUGUGAAUGUAUCCUUAAAUCGAUCCCUAUGCCUAACCUGAACCCUAAAUCGAUCCAUAUGCCUAACCUGAACCCUAAAUCGAUCCAUCAACCUUACCUAAACCCUAAUUCACUGCAACUAUAAUAAACACACAAAAGACGCUGUGGCAUCUGUCCUUAAUUUUAGCAGAAAUAAGAAAACAUUACCACAAUCCUCCAUCUUUUUUCCAGUAAAAAACAGAAUGAAAUGUUUACUACUUAAUUAUGGUUAUAGAAUACAGGUUAAAGUUAACUUAUAAAUAUAAGUAGGGGCCUAUAUGGCAAGGCAUAAAGGGCCUAUAAGAAGUAUGUCAAAUUGAGCUCAUUAAUAAUUAAGUUGGCUGCUACUGAUUCAAAAGGAAGUCAUAGCUCAUGGCUUCAGUGGGUGGGUUUACUUUUUUAAAUUAUAAAUUAUUAUUCAUCAUUAUUGGUUUAGUCUUUAGUCAAUACAUGAUUAACGAUAAAAACUAAAGUGUCAAUUGGGUAGGUUUAUAGAGUUGAGUAGAGAUAGUUUCUUGAAGUUUUGGAUGUUUGGUAGUGCAGUAUGGAGAAUGUUUAUUACAUUUUUAACAAUAUUCCAUAUGGAACAAAUUGCUAAUUUAAUUUUUAAAAGUAAUUUACACUUACAUUUACAUCCAUGAUUGGGAGAAAUUAAAAGAAAAAGUUACUAGCUUGAGUAAAUUUUAUCAAGUGCUGGAGAAGUGGAGCUUUUAGAAGGGAGAUGUUGGAGGGCAUGGGGAUGGAUAGUGGAUUUUGAUGGAUGCCAUGGACUGUGUUUGUGAGCAUGGUUUGGUUGUGGAUUGAAGAUGUUGAAUUAAGGGUAAGUUGCUUACUCAGGGCUGGUUGUGUGACUGGCAAACAAAUUUGUUUUUUAAAUGCUGUGUGAACAUGGGGUGGCAGUUAUUAUGUUGAGUUAACAGUUAGUGUGCCUGAAGAUGUCAAGUUUGCAGACUGAUGGAGAUUUUAUUUCUAAGGGUGACUGGAGCCUUUGUUGUCAGAGUCUAGCGGUCAUCAAGUUGUUGUUAGCUGUUCAUUGGAUUGGUAUACUAAGAAACCAUUUUGUGUACUUUGUGAAUAAAGAAUAAGGAAAUCGUACAGUGUGCCAGUUUUCAUAAUAAUUAAUAAACAAUGUGUGGCAGAAAAAUGCCUGACAAAUUUGAGCCUACCAACUGCCUGUCAGAAUACAGGGGAGUUUGUAACCCAGGAGAAACGCUGUAUUGAGUAGGGAGGGGCAUUUUGGGUAGGGCUUGAGGUAGGGGACUAUGGAGAGGACAUAGAUCAGAAUAUUAUGUAAUCAUCUUUGUAUAGACAACAAUAGAGUGCCCAACAACCUAAUUUCUAUGUUUCUAUACAUCUUUAUCCCAAGUAUUGGACAUCAAUUCAAAUACAUUUCAAAAACCGUAGCAAGAGUGUGAGGCUCUUAAGCCAACCAACAUGUCAGCAGAUCUGAGAGAUAAUAGUAAGUGAACCCCGAUACACAUUUCCAUACAUGCAAUCCUGUAAUGUUUACCUGUACUUUAUACAGUUUUAGAUGUUCGGCUAUAAAGAGUUAAUAUGGUGUUCCAAGGAUUUAGACCCCAACAAAUAUUUUUUGUUUGUACACAACACAAUAAAUUCACUAUAAGUCAAGGAAGCUCAAAUCCUAUUGGUCUGUUCAAAAUUACAUUUGGUAUCAUGUUUGAAAUGGUAUGCCAUUUAAACCUUUGAUGUAAACAUAGAAUCUGAGCAUGGAUCGGCCAGUAUUUAUGUAAUAUACGAUAGUUAUUUCGGGAAUCCCUAUGAUCGUACCUGUAGCUACUUUGAAUAGUAUACCAUUAUUACAAAUGCAUUUGUGUAAUAAUUUCAGCAACAACAGUUAUUUUAUUUUCUAUUUAAUAAUUAAAUAUAUUUAAUAUCACUAACAAAGAAUAAAUUAAUUAUUAAUUAUGUCUAUUAUUAGUAUUACGCCACAGUAUGAAUACAUUUUACACGUUAAGACUUUCUAAAAAUAAAAAAAGGUUGUAUAAGAAGGCCUAUAUUUUAUAUAAGGCCCUCAUCAGUAAGAAUUGUAUUUUGUAAUACUUUCUUACUUACUUCUUUUUACUCCAGCUUAAAACUUUCAAUUAAGUGGAUGAAUCUAAUUUUUUUCAAAAAUUUUGACACCCAUUAAGGAAAGUUUCUUACUCUGAUUGGCUGACCAAAUACUCUGUAAAUAUCUUUGCUUCAUCAAUCGAAUCAUCACAUGCAUUUUGCAAAAAAGACAUUUAAAUGCUUGCUUCAGGCUAUUAUGAAACUGAGGCACAUUUUUAAACAUAGUUGCACAAAGAAAACUUUGCGGUAAUGAAGAGAGAUUCUACCUCUUUUAAAUCCUUCUUUUUUUCACCUCCAUCAUGUAAAUAAUCUAUCAGAUAAAGUCAGAAGGGUGUAGAACUUAUUUGCAAAUUUCAUUGCAAUCACAUGUCAUUUACAUUGCAAAUUUAAAAAUUACAAUUGUAUUAAUAGAUACUUUAAAAAAAAAUGCAAUUGCAUGCCAUUCUUAUUUUCUUCUUAUGGAAUAUUUCAGAGAGAAAGUCAGAUAAAAAGAAGGACAGACCUCCUCCAGAGAUAGUCUAUAGCACAUAUAUUUUUGCCAAUGGGGAUAAAUAUGGUAAGUAGCAUCUUCAUUAAUUUUUAUGGGCUGGGGCCCAAACCCAUCAUGAAAUUUGCAGUAAGAUCCUGUCUGGAAGAUCUUUUUCAGCACACCUGUUCUCAGAUUGUUAGGUCAUUACUAUUAUGAGCUUAUUAAUUCACGUUUUGUUGCUUGUUAGUUACACCCCAAAAGUCCUCAAGUGCUCUGCUUUUUCUUUGAAGACUUAGGUUCAGAAUAUUCAAAUCCUUUUGUUUAUAAAAACAUACAUCGACAAGUUCACUGUUUGGUUAAGCUUAUUUAAUUUAUAACGCACUUGCCAAAGUGAUAUGGAAGAGUAGAAAUUUUUAAAAUCUUUAAACGAAACUCAGGGAAAAGCUGCUUAAGAAUGCCAUUUAUAAAUAAUUAAAAGCUACUUUCAAAGAUUAGUUUCUUCCUCUUGUGUAGCUCCUUUUUAUAAGUCUGCCUGUAAGCUAAACAUAUGACAGCUGAUUAUGUUGCUUGUAAUUCUGCCUGUAAGCUAAAUAUAUGACAGCUGAUCAUGUUGCUUGUAAUUCUGCCUGUAAGCUAAACAUAUGACAGCUGAUUAUGUUGCUUGUAAGUCUGCCUGCAAGCUAAACAUAUGACAGCUGAUCAUGGUUUGCUUAUAAUUCUGCCUGUAAACUAAACAUACAACAGCUGAUCAGCUGAUUAUGUUGCUUGUAAGUCUGCCUGCAAGCUAAACAUAUGACAACCGAUCAUGUUUCUUGUGAGCUCAAUGUAACACAAAAACAAUAUAUUUGGAAUUCAAAUUUGUUUAUGCUAUAAUAGAUGUUUUUGACAAACUAUAAUUUAUGAUUUAUAUUCAACAAAGAUACUUUUAAUGCACAGAAGGAGACUGUAUACAAACUGAGUUUGGGUCAGUUGAGAGAACAGGGAGAGGUACACAUACAAGCUCAAAUGGAAUAAUUUAUGAGGGUUCCUGGGAGAAAGAUUGCAUGAACGGAAAAGGAAAACUUACCCACCCUUCUAAGGCGUCAUACGAGGGGGACUUUGUAAAUAACCUUUUUCAUGGCUUUGGAAGGUAUACAUGGCCUGAUGGGUCAUUUUAUGAAGGGAGUUUUGUUGAAAACAGGUUUGUAAUUUUUCUUGUUGCUCUAUUUACAUCAAAUCCACAAGAAUUCCUUUAAAUAAUUUCUUAACGGCAAUGCAUUGGACCUUCUACAAUAUUAUAUUAUUAUGCUCUGUUGCUGCAUGCGGCUCUUUGAAGUAAUAGAUGCAGCUAUUGAAUAAAGCUUAUUAUUGUCUGUCUCUUCAAACAGCAAUAGUUAUCGAUGUUUUAUUUUUUUGUGAUUUUGUAAUGUCUAGGUUGGAAGGAGGAGGUGUAUUCCAUGAUACUGAGGGACAAGUCUGGACAGGAACUUUUCAUUUCAAGGCAGCACCAGGGCUUAAGUUCAAACUAAAUAUGAAUUAAAUUAUUUAAACAUCUAGGGCGUUUUGUGGCCUGCUCUAUCAAAUCUAUGUAAAGAUAACAUAAAUGUGAUAAAUUAUUCCUGAAAUUUAGCCAGAACAGAAAAUCAAUGUACAGGUGUUAUAAUUUUGAUAUUUUGAGGCUAAAAAUUUAACCACUCCACUCCCAUCACAAAAAAAGUAAGCAAUAUCCCCCUUUGAUAACUGAUUUUAGUUUAGCCUGUAGCAUUCCUUAUUUUACUGCUGUAUAAAUUAGUAUAAGAAAUAUAUGGUGACUUCAUUGAUAUUAAGGUUAAUUAAACUGAAAUAGAAAAAUUUAUGCUUGGUAAAAUUUUUAAAUACAGAGCUUCAACCGCAAAUAUUGUAUUAAAAAAAUCAGAUGCCUGUGCCGACAUUUAUAAAUUCAGUCAUGGUUUAAUAAACUUUUCAUAAAACUAUUAGUUGUUUUUUUUUUCAUGUUAUAUGAAAAUGUUUGAAGUAGAGAAGGUAUUUCCAAUUAUUCUCACGAUUAUUGAAUUAAUACUUCAUCUUUUUGCUAGCCUUUUGUGAUUAAAACCUUGUUAGUCAAAACUUAAUAUUACAUUUAAAUAGUGAUAAUACCCCUGUGUAAUGACAUUAUAAUGCCAUUCCUUCUAACUUAUGAUAUAUUUUCAUUCUGUAUUCUGUUGUUGUAUCUUUGAGAUAUAAAGACCUUAUGAAAGUUUAAGUGCUUCUUUUGUUGCCCUUAAGCUUCAUACUCACGUCUUUAAUAAAAUUUGUGACAAUAUUGUAAAAUAAAUAAAUUUGACCAAACAUAGUUUAUUCUUGUGAAAAUGUGUUUAUCUGCAGUAAAUUAUAAUUUUAAAAUAAUAAUUAUACAUUAUGAUGUACACAUAGAAAUUUAAGUGGGUCAUAAUCCAGUUAUCUUGAUUACUGGUGUGGUCCUCCACUUUGAAAGUGCAGGCCAUUUUGGACGUGCCACCAAAUGUUGGAAGGUAACUGAUUCUUUUUAUUUGAUUGUUGAAUAAAUUACUACUCAGGUGUGAUUCCUUGUUUGUAUCGUUAAAAAAAAAUGCAUGCUACAUUCAUAAAAUGGUGUUUUAAAUAGAAGACCGAGUGUAUUUACUACAUAGGGCUUCCCAUGUCUUGAAAAAAAAUUAUUAAAUCAGCAUUUAUUUUCCAUGUGUG